AUGGAGCUCACCGGGCUCUCAAUCAUCAACGCCCAGGCAUCUAGACAGCCUGGGCCAAACCUCUUACACGAGCUGGUUAACCCUUCUGGUCAACAAGCUGCCCUGGAUUACAUGGGAAACAAUGAGCGUUCGAAUUUCACAUAUGAUCAGCUGCAUGAAGCUGCAGCAUCCCUCGCCAUUCGCAUAACCAACGUUUCGGGCAGUGUGAAUGGGCAGUUUGUUGUUCCUGUUCUCAUUCACCAGUCCCCUUCCCUCUAUAUCUCCCUCCUAGCCAUUCUGAAAGCUGGAGGAGCCUUCUGCCCCUUGAACGUUGAUGCACCGCCGGAGCGAGUGAAAUUCAUUCUUGGCGAUGUAGCCGCAACAGUGGUGCUGGUAUCAAGAGAGCUUGCAUCUGAGAUACCUAAUGAUAUCAGUGCAACUGUAAUCAUAGUUGACGAGGAUGGAAACCAAAGUAGCCCUCCGACGCCAACUGGAACAAACCUUCGAAUUCCCAAGCCGGAAGACCUGGCAUAUGUCAUGUACACGUCGGGAUCAACAGGAACACCGAAAGGUGUGGGAAUUUCACAUGAUGCUGCUACACAGGCUCUUAUUGCCCAUGAUAGACACAUACCCCCGUUCUCGCGCUUUCUGCAGUUCGCAGCACCAACAUUUGAUGUCUCUGUUUUUGAAAUUUUCUUUCCAUUGAUCAGGGGUGCAACUCUAGUCAGCGUCCGAAGAGUAGAGAUGUUGGACGAUCUUCCUGGAGUGCUCCGUACUAUGCAGGUAGAUGCUUGCGAGCUCACGCCAACAGUCGCUGGGAGUCUGUUGCGAAAGAGGGAAAACGCACCGGACCUCAAAGUACUUCUAACUAUUGGAGAAAUGCUCAACGCACCAGUCGUGGAGGAGUUUGGAGGCGACGAGAACAGACCAAGCAUGCUCUGGGCAAUGUACGGUCCAACUGAAGCAACUAUUCACUGUACCCUCCAAACGGCCUUUUCUUCUGAUUCUUCGACGGGAAACAUUGGUGUGCCACUUGACACCGUCUCAUGUUUUAUCAUUGCAAUUCCGGAAUUGGAUACUGAACAAUCCGAGAUAAGAAUUCUUCCACAAGGGGAGGUUGGAGAGCUUGCCGUGGGUGGUUAUCAGUUAGCGACUGGCUAUAUCAACCGACCUGAACAAACAAACUCGGUCUUUGUUGACUCACCAUUUGGCCGUAUUUAUCGUACAGGUGACAAGGCCAGGCUACUUCCAAACGGCAAGCUUGAAUGUUUCGGUCGACUAUCAGACGGUCAAGUUAAGCUUCGAGGACAACGGUUAGAACUUGGAGAGGUGGAACAAGCUGUCCUUCGAACAUCGGGAUGCCACAGUGCUGUCGCAGCGGUAGUGAGAUCAAUCCUGGUGGUGUUCUGCGCCGUGGAUGCCGGAGUCACUGAAGAUGCUGUUCUAAAGCAUUGUGCAGACUGGCUACCACAGUACAUGGUUCCUGGAGAAGUGGUUUUGAUGUCUGAAUUUCCCCGACUACCCAGUGGAAAAGUCGACAGAAAAAAGCUCAAGACUGAAUAUGAGGAACACAAAGAAGCAAUUUCAGAAGUCACCUGGGACUCGGAACCUGUGGAUGAGUUCGAGUCAGAGAUUUUGGAAAUCGUGUCUCGUGUUAUGAAUUUCAAAGUCAACAAGUCCACCCCUAUCAGCGCCGCUGGGAUGGAUUCUCUCAGUGCAAUCAAGCUUGCCUCUAGCCUUCGAAAUUCAGGUUUUGCUAUUGAUACGACUAUCUUGCUGAAGGCAAAAACCAUGUUCGAUAUUGUAUUCUCUGCCAGGAGGCAAGUGCAAAAUCAAACUGUCAGCUCACAACCAGUUGAUAUGACCCUCUCAUUAGACCUCGACCGGCUUCUGCAGCAAAACGCCACCUUGGCCCAUAUGAGUGACUUGGUCGAAGAUGUGGUACCAUGUACCCCGUUGCAGGCGGCUAUGCUGGCUGAAACAUCCCAGAACCCAACUGCCUACUGCAACCAGGUGGAGCUCAGUAUCCCCAAGAGCUACUCUGUUGAUCAGAUACGUGAAACGUUCACUGAACUGUCGCAGAGAAAUCCAAUUCUACGCUCAGGAUUCGUGGUUGCAGAUGGGCGAUUUGUCACGGUGUUGUACAAGAAACUCCGCCCUGAGCAAAUAAGAAUUGUUGAUCAGAUAAAAACUGACCUCACACUUUCAUCACCCCAGGAGUUUUGUUCUCCCAUGUCACUUCAGAUCCAUGGAGAUGCCACAGAUGGAGAUUGCCGUGUCUUUUUACAGAUACAUCACUCACUAUAUGAUGGUUGGUCUAUGGAUGUCCUCCUUUCUGAUUGGUCAAGACUGCUGUUGCAAGAAUUGGUACCAGAACAUCCACCAUUUCGGGAGGUCAUUGACUUUUACCAUACUCUGCAGACAGAUGAUGCUGCACGAGUGUUUUGGACCGAGCACCUUACUGGAUGGAAACAAACACCACUCCCCAAGUUACGUGAAAAGUUUGUUUACUCAUGCGAAAUCCUGUCGUAUCGAAGGCCUAUGUCACUCCCUCGCAACAGGGUUAAUGGCGAGGCCCAGAAGAAUGGGUUUAGCCCUCAAGUUCUGUUUCAGGCAUCACUGGCUCUGUUAUGGAUGAGUGUCACCGGGGCUCGCGAUAUCACGAUCGGUUCGGUGACAUCUGGAAGGACUAUUCCGGUGACAGGCAUUGAGCAGAUCGUUGGCCCUUGCAUUGCUUCCCUGCCUGUCCGAGUAGAUUUCGACAAGAUUUCUAUCGUCCUCGACCUCCUCAAUAGCCUACACUCCAGCAACAGAAAGAUCAUGCAACACUGCGCAGUCUCCUUGUCAGAGAUCAAGAAAUUACUUGGUUUACAUCCAGCAGAGAGCCUAUACGAUAUACUGUUUGUCUACCAGGAAUCGCUUACUAGCUCUGAACGUACUCACAACGUGGUCAAGGAAACUGGCCAUCUUGACCGCUCGGAAACGCCCAUUCUGUUCGAGGUCGAGCCAGAAGGGGAUGGGUUCACGUUACAAGUCACGUAUCAUGAGUCGGUUUUAUUGCCAACGACAGUCCAGCACCUGGCGGAUCAAUUUGAGGCGUUGGCUCUAUCAAUCUUGGAAGGAUCUACCCAGGAGAUCAAAUCGACGUUGAGAAAUCUAAAUUGCAUUCCAUCUAUCGACAAUGUCAAUGCCACUCCGCCUCAAGAAGUUCCUGAUCUAGGUCGACAAUUCGAGGAUGUAGUCCGCAGAAGUCCUGACGCGGACGCGAUGCUUUUUGCUUCCUCUCUGGAGGCUACGAGUCACACUACUUGGUCAUUCCAAGAGCUGAACGAUCGCGCAAAUCAGAUUGCGCAUUAUUUAAAAAGCUGCGGUAUCGAUGUCGGCCAAGUUAUCGCCAUUGUUAUGGAAAAGUCGCCUACUCUGUACGCGUCAAUCUUGGCUAUCGUCAAGUGUGGCUGUGGUUAUCUACCCAUUCUGCCCUCAACACCUCAGGCCCGUACUCGCGACAUCUUGAUACAAGCUGAUAUCAAGCAUUGUCUGGUAGAUUGUGCCUCAUGCGACCAAAUACCAUCUGUCUCUGGAUUAUCAAUACUCACCGUUGAUAUCAACUUGGUUAAUGAACUUUCCACGGCCAAUCUCAGUACCGAAGUAAAUGGGCUUCGACUUGCGUACGUCAUUUACACAUCUGGAACGACAGGAACUCCUAAAGGUGUCGCCAUCCAACAGCAGAGCAUUGUAGCGAACAUCGUACAUCUCGAGGCAACCUACCCCAAGCCUUCCAGCUCACAAGGGCGGCUUCUUCAAGCAUGCUCUCAAGCGUUCGAUGUGUCUGUUUUCGAAAUAUUCUACACAUGGUAUGCCGGUAUGUGUCUAUGCGCAGGCGUUAACGACAUCAUUCUGGAGGAUAUCGAGCGUUCAAUACGCGAUCUUGGAAUUACGCACCUCAGCAUGACACCGACCGUGGCCACCCUCGUUGACCCUUCAAACGUUCCGAGCGUCGAGUUUCUUGUAACUGCUGGCGAACCUAUGACACAGGCUGUGCACAAGAAAUGGUACCGCCAGUUGUGGCAGGGCUACGGACCUUCUGAGACCACAAAUAUCUGCACAGUCAAGAAGAUGACAGCAGAUGAUCACAUUGAACAUUUAGGACAUGUCUUCCCCAAUACCUCUGUUGUAGUUCUAUCCCCAGAGACUCUUGACACGGUGCCCAUCAACUGGGUGGGGGAAUUCUGCUUUGGCGGUGCCCAAGUCGCUCAAGGCUAUCUCAAUAUGUCGGAGCUUACGGAGCAAAAGUUUAUCCAACAUCCACAGUAUGGGAGGCUUUACAGAUCUGGAGAUAUGGGACGAAUGCUUCCUGACGGUUCGUUGGUCAUAUUGGGUCGUAUUGAUGAUCAAGUGAAGUUGAGAGGUCAGCGAAUUGAGACAGGCGAGAUCAACAGCACCGUUACCAUGGCUGGAUUCGCAUCCGCAGCUGCCACCAUUUUGGUGCAACGUGAUGAAGGUUCUGCCAAACAGUUGGCUCUUUUCUUUGUACCUCGGCAUGGCCCUACGGAGCCUUUUGUGCUAGAGGUUGAUGAUGAAACGCAACGUUCUCUGGCUGCGCACCUGCAAUCACGCCUGCCCGGAUACAUGGUACCAUCCUAUCUUAUCCCAGUUUCUUCAAUGCCGAUGACAUCCAGCGGAAAGAUAGACAAGCGCCGGCUACAGGCUUGUUUCAACGCGCUGGACCGGCAUCAUCUCGAGAAGAUCUCCAGCUCUUCCAGCUCUGCUUCGGAUGAAGGUGGCUGGAGUCGAAUGGACUUGCUUAUCGCGGAGGCUAUUGCCGAAUCUGCAACAGUGUCUAUGAAAGACUUCGGAAGAUGGACAUCCUUCACUCUUCUCGGAAUAGAUUCCAUCUCUGCGAUUGAUCUUGCUCGUGUUAUCAGUUCCAAGGUGGUGGCUCGAGUUGCAGUGUCUGAUAUUCUACGUAACCCAACAAUUGCACAACUGGCGCGAUGCCUGGAAGAGAAGACUUCAAACCAAGGGACCGAAAGCCUCAUCAAGGUCAAGGAGUUCUUCCCGGCCGCUUUUAUUACCUCAAUGGAAGAGCUCUUCAUGGAGGAGUCAAAGACCAUCAAAGCGGUUCUACCUUGCACGCCUUUACAGGAAGCCAUGCUUUCUCGAGGACAGAAAGGAUACUACAACAAAGUUCUCUUACGUCUGAAAGCAGGAUCGGAAGCAAUUCGAUCAUACUGGGAAAUAUUGUUCAAAAGACAUGAUAUCCUCCGGACCUGUUUCGCUACAACGACAGACUCUAAACGUGCUAUCGCUCAAAUUGUCAUUGAAAAAUGGGAAAUCCCUUGGAGAACAUUUGAUAUCAAUGAACCAUCCUUCGAUGGGGCAAUCGAAGAACACCUCAAGUCUCUGCCUGAUCCAGUUGACUCUAGGAUUCCGCCUGUGUCUCUAGGUCUUCUCCGAUAUCGAGGCUCCGAGUUCCUGUCAUUCAUAUGCCACCACGCGCUCUAUGAUGGCGUAGCGAUGGAGAGACUUCUGAAAGAAGUAGAGGCACUGGCGUCUGGCGAGAACCUACCACCUCCAGUGUCUUACAAGGAGUUCCUGGGCAUCUCGACCGAUCUACCGGCGGAUACUGAGGAGUUCUGGCAACACCACUUCCGAGACUAUAGGGCAUCGUCGAUUUUCCCUCAGUCAAGUUCGAGCGAGAUUGAUCAGAGUACCUGCACCACCUCCCUGGAUAUGCCCUUGAACGACCUACAUGGGCGUCUCCGCGAUUUUGGCACGACGCUGCUUUCUGUUUGUCAAGCAAGUUGGGCCACUGUUCUCGCGAUGGCCCACCGACGAUCCGAUGUCUGCUUUGGGAAUGUUAUGAGCGGCCGUACGUUAGAUAUUGACGGACUGGACAGGCUUGUGGCACCGUGCUUCAAUACCAUCCCUAUUCGAGUUGACUUGCCAGGGAUGUCAAGCAACAUUGAUAUGGUCCGGCACUUACAAAUGCUGAACACCGAGCUGCUCACGUAUCAAUUCACGCCUCUACGCCUCAUACAGCGUAGUAUCAAUCGCACUGGUAAACACAUCUUUGAUACACUGUUGCUACUACAAAAGCCGUUACAAGAUAUCGACCAGAAUGUCUGGACACUCGAAGGAGACUCCGGAGACAUGGACAUUCCCUUAGUGUGUGAAGUAGUUCCCUGCCCAGGACUGAAUUCACUUGUGAUCAACCUCCAUCGCGACAUGAGCAUUGUAACUGAGGAGGUUGCCACCGCCAUGGCUGAUAUGUUCAAGAUCAUACUGAAAGCUAUUCUGGCAACUCCCCAUUCGAAGCCAAUGGCUGCAACAGACCUCCCUGACAACUUGCGAUUGAUAUUGAAGCAACUGGAACCCCGGCACGAAAAGAAAGAGGCUGCAGGGCCUAUUUCUGAUAAGGAAGAAUGGAGCCAAGUUGAGCUGGAAGUCCGUCAAGUGCUGGCCAAACUCUCUGGAGUGAGCGAACAGCAAAUCCAUCGCCAUACAACCAUCUUUCAAUUGGGUCUGGAUAGUAUCAACGCCGUUCAAGUGGCAUCGAUUCUACGUCAGAGCGGAUUUGUGAUUUCCGCUUCUGAUGUGAUUGAGUGCCCUAGCUGCACCAAGAUAUCUGCGAAGCUGCUGGAGAACGGCUCUAAAGCAAAGAGCGAGUAUGCAAAGAAAUAUGACCUUGAACAGUUCUCACGCCAGGUCUACCCAGAGGUUGUUGAACGCCUGUCCGAGACAACAAUCGUUGAAACAAUCCUUCCCUCCACGCCUGUACAAUCUGCUAUGCUGGCAUCCUUCAUACAGUCUGGAGGCGAACACUAUCUCAAUGCCAUGGAGUACAUUGUCACAGAUGGAAUUUCACUUGGGGAUCUUGAAAAAGCCUGGCAGUUGCUCCAUGAGCGACAUCCUAUGUUGAGGACUGGCUUCGUUCCCAUUCAGCAUGCGGACACCUCAUUCGCCAUGGUUAGAUACACACCAGGCUCGAUGGAGACGCCCUUAAGCGUUUCAGCAUCUGAUGAUGAUAACAUGUCUGACCUUUUGCAACUGAAGGCUAGCAUAAGCCAGGAUUUUCUUGCUGCUUUGCACCAUCCCCUUUGGACAGUAUUUCUGGCCGAGACGCCUGAAGGGACUUCCAUGAGGCUCAUUGUUCACCAUGCUCUUUACGAUGCACCCGCACUUCAAUUGAUGCUCGAUGACCUUAAUCGAUUUGUCAAGAACGAGCAACUGUCGCCAAUCUCUAGAAUUGAGCCUGCGGUGUCUGCCAUCAUGAGUAACUCACUGGACGACCAAGAAUCUGAGAAGGCUUUCUGGGAGGCCAAAGCGAGUAGCUGUGUUGUCAACAAGUUUCCAUUGAUGACACCGCUGCACGUUGAAAGCCGAUGCGUAUUGGCAGACGCAACCACGGCCUCCUUGUCGUUUAUGACACUCAAGCAAGCUACCCAAGCAUCAAAUGUGACCAUUCAAGCGGUCAUCCAAGCGGCCUGGACCCGUGUUCUAGCUUCUUACCUUGGCGAGAACUCAGUAGUAUUCGGCGUUGCACUAUCUGGAAGAAUGGCCGAUGAGACGAGAGACGCUGCGUUCCCAUGUCUCAAUACUGUUCCUAUUGUGGCUACCAAUGUUCCAUCCAAUGCUGAGUUGGUCAGCCAUAUGAUGAGCUACAACCAGCACCUUCAUAAGCAUCAGUUCUCGCCUCUCAACAGGGUUCAGAAAUGGCUAGGUCAUCCAGCCGGCCCUGUGUUUGACUCGCUUAUUGCUUAUCAGAAGAUGCCUGCCGCCGAAUCUUCUUUGCCAUGGAAGUUGGUUAGUGACGAGGCAAGAGUCGAGUAUUCGGUCUCGUUAGAGGUUGAGCCUAAAAGCAACGAUGAGAUUCGUCUUUGUAUCACUUACUAUGAUGAUAUCCUUCCUCGCGAGCAAGCACAGCUUCUGAUGAGACAAUUCGAUGCCUCGCUGAGCCACAUCGUCUCCAAUCCUUCCACCACUGAGGACGACGCGUUCAGCAUUACAUCUGACUUGUACUCUAUUCUACCGCCCUCAUCUCCAGUACUCGAUGCCCCUGUGCAAUUCCUUCACCAGUUCGUGGAGUUGAGAGCAGCUAUGCAUCCUCAUAAACUUGCUCUUGAGUUUGUCUCAGCUUUUGACGGAGAUAUGUGCGUCAAGCAACAAUGGGACUACCGCCAGCUCAAUAUUAUGGGAAACAGAGUGGCAAACAUACUGCAAGAAAAGUUCACUCCCGGUAGCAUCGUUGCAAUUCACUUUGAAAAGUGCCCUGAAGCUUACUUUUCGAUCCUCGGUAUUCUUAAAGCUGGUUGUUCCUUUGUUGCCCUCGACCCAUCAGCGCCAAAGGCUCGAAAACAGUUUAUUGUUGAAGAUUCGAAGGCACCUUGUCUCCUUACCAGACGUUCGGAACAUCUUGACUUUGAAGCCAAUACAGCCAUUUUGGAACUUGACGUGGAGUCUCUGACAAACAUGGAGCAAGAAGAUCUUGCUUUCCAACCACAAAUGUCUCCCUCAGACACCUGCUAUUGCCUCUACACAUCUGGAACUACAGGGACUCCCAAGGGCUGCGAGAUCACCCAUGACAAUGCUGUACAAGCGAUGAUGGCCUUCCAGGAGCUCUUCAAGGACCACUGGGAUGAUGAAUCACGCUGGCUUCAAUUUGCAGCACUGCACUUUGAUGUCUCUGUUCUCGAGCAAUAUUGGAGCUGGUCUGUGGGCAUGGCUGUUGUUGCUGCCCCGAAAGAUCUCAUCUUAGAUGACCUGACAGGGUCCAUCAACAAGCUUGGAAUUACGCACAUUGACCUGACACCAAGUCUGGCACGGUUGACUCAUCCCAACGAGGUCCCUAGUCUUUGUCGUGGUGUCUUUAUCACUGGAGGCGAACAGCUCAAGCAAGAGAUUCUCGAUGUUUGGGGACCAGAAGGCGUCAUUUACAAUGCCUACGGUCCAACAGAGGCCACUAUUGGCGUCACUAUGUUCCAACGCGUGCCCAUCAAUGGCCGACCCAGCAACAUUGGAAAACAGUUCCCCAACGUUGGUUCGUUUGUGUUCAAACAAAACACGAAUACACCAGUUCUACGCGGCGGUGUUGGCGAACUUUGUGUGUCAGGUAGGCUGGUCGGCAAAGGCUACCUAAACCGGCCUCAACUCACAGAAGAACGAUUUCCCAGCCUCGAGGAGUUUGGUGAGAGGGUCUACAGAACUGGAGAUCUCGUCCGUGUCCUUCACGAUGGCUGCUUCGAGUUCCUCGGUCGGGCUGACGAUCAAGUCAAGCUGCGAGGGCAACGGCUUGAAAUUGCUGAGAUCAACCACAUCAUACGUACAGACGUCAAUGAUAUUCAUGAUGCUGCAACGAUUGUGGCUCGUCAUGGAACUAGUGGUAAGGAUGUCUUGGUGGCAUUUGUCGUUGGCAAGAAUCCCAUUAGACAGCCACUCGAAGUCAUGCAGGACAGAGAAGGUCUAGCUGCUAAAGCAAAAGAUGCCUGCCGUGCUAAGCUACCAGGAUACAUGGUGCCAACUUACAUCCUCACCCUUCCGUAUAUCCCGCUUUCAUCAAACAACAAGGCGGAGAUUAAGGAUCUGAAGAAGCUGUUCAAUGAACUCGCUCCGGAAACGCUCAUGGAGCUCUCACAUGCCGCAUCAGCUCCUGUUUCGCAAGGAGCCCAGAACGUUUUGGCUUUGAUAUGCGAGGCAAUUGCGCAAUUCAGUGGGAUUAAUAAAGAUGAUCUUUCACCUACAACAAGCAUAUUCGAUGUCGGCGUCGACUCUAUCACUGCACUCAGACUAGCCGCGCUCCUCAAAUCUUGCGGCCUCCCAGCAGCAUCUCCUGCUACAUUGCUCAGAAACCCUAUCAUCGGUGACCUUGCGAACUGUCUUGCUAAUACCGCCUCGACGCAACGACAGAAGCUUACUCGAGGAGCUGAACAGUCUAUCCAAGCGUACGCCCAUCGGCAUCGUGGCUUAGUAUGCCAGAGUCUCGGCGUUGAGCCAGCGGAUAUCGAGUAUAUCGCACCAUGCUCACCAUUGCAACAAGGAAUCAUUUCGCGAUCCAUCACGAGCAGCAAGCCUGGUGCUUACUUCAAUGCAUUCAAGCUGCAACUCCAUCAGAAAACAUCCGAAUCAAAACUCGAACAGGCAUGGAAAGACUUAGUCUCGUCAGAGAGCAUCCUGAGAACUGUUUUCGUGCCUACGAUGGAUGGGUUCUUGCAGGUAGCGUUGAGGAACCCUACCUUCCCCUGGGUAUCGAGUAUCGUUGGCUCAGACGAAGAGGUUGGAGGUUAUCUUGAAGAGCAAAAGGCGACUUGGAUACAAAGAAACGAAUCUUUGAUCACGCAGCCAUUUUUGUUGGCUUUUGUGGAAACACCUACAUCAAGAUUGCUUGUUAUCUACAUCUUCCAUGCCCUUUAUGAUGGGAAUAGUUUCGAUCUCAUGAUGGGUAAGGUAGGUGCUAACUACACAGGGGUUGCUUCUUCUCAAGGGCCUUCAUUCUAUGAAGCCCUCGUGUCUGGUCCUUUAUCAAGACAUGACAGCUGUAGAAGUUUCUGGGAGAAGCACUUGGAUGGUUGGGUCACCUCUCCGAUCACAGCAAACGAGAACGGCGCAUCCGACUCAGUUAGUGUCGCUGAGCGUGAGAUGUCUAUCGCGAGCCUCGAGGCGAUUCGAUCCUCGCAAAACGUUACACUUCAGGCUGUUGUAAUGGCACUUUGGACUUCUGUGUUGCAGAACAUGGUACAAAAUCAAGUCACUAUUGGCGUUGUCGUAUCAGGUCGAGCGAUUGAUCUUCCAGGGGCCGAACAUACCAUUGGCCCUCUAUUCAAUACCGUCCCUUUCAAUCGCCAGUACGUCCCACACGAGAAUUGGAAAUCGCUUGUACGUCGAUGCCACGACUUCAAUGCCUCAGUUCUGGACUUUCAACAUAUUCCCCUGAAGGAGAUUCAGAAAUGGUGCUCCCAUAACAAAGCCCUGUUCGACAAUCUCUUCACCUACCAGAUUGAAGUAGACAAUACUAAUGGCCACGAGCUUCCAUUUGAGAUAGAGGAUAGCGAGGCCAUUCCCGACUAUCCUCUCGCUCUAGAAGCUGUCUACACGCAACAAAGAAGGCUCCGGCUUACUCUUGUUGCGCAAGGACAUGUAACUUCUUCGUCAGGCCUCCACCAUCUCCUCAGUGAGAUUGAACGUUUUGCAGACCUGGCGGCCAAUUCUCCGGAGAGCGAGGUGCCUGUUCCUGAAUUCAGGGAGAUUCCAAUCAGCGAUGGUCGCAAGCAACCAGCCACAGGAGAGGCACAGAGUCGUUUUGAAUGGACCAUAGAGGCUCAAGAAAUCCGAAACGAGAUAUCGCAUUUGACCGACAUUAUACCCGAAGACAUUGCCCAAGAUAUCUCUAUCCUGGAACUCGGUCUUGACAGCAUUGAUGUGAUCAAACUUUCAGCCAAGCUCAAGAAGAGGGGUAUUAACCUGCCACCCUCACAAAUCAUGCGUCAUCAGACAAUUGCCAGGAUGGCUACUGAGUUGACAAACCUCGCAACUGACUCGGCACACCCGGAAAACGAAGAUUCCCUGACGCAUAUUAAAGACAGGUUACACAGGUAUCUCGAAGCUUCAGGUAUGGACAUGAAAAACGUGGAAUCUGUGCUACCGCCUACCCAUCUCCAGGAGUCCAUGAUAGCCGGGAUGGUCCAAUCUGAUUUUCAAUCUUAUUUCAACCAUAAUAUUCUACGAAUGUCUAAUCAAGUUGAUACCGCAGGCCUCGUUGAAGCCUGGCAGCAACUUAUACACCAAACUCCGAUCUUAAGGACCGGCUUUGUGCAUGUCGAGAGUCAGGAGUUGGACAUGACAUAUUGUCAAGUGGUGCACAAGUCGCUUGAUAUUGACUUUGAAGUGAUGGAAAUGCAAGACCUCGAUGAGUUGCGUCAGGUCACCGAUAUUGCGACAGCUGUGGCUAGAGGUGGACAAGGAGAGAAGCAUCUUUUCCAACUGAGACUGGCAAGCGUAGGCCAAGAAAGAUACGUGGUUCUUUCAAUGGCGCACGCCCUCUAUGAUGGAUGGUCUUUGAGUACAAUGUUCCAAGACCUCGAGGCACUAUUGGGGGGGAGAUCAAUCAUACGACCCUCAGUAGAGCCAUUUAUCACCAGAGUUUUGCAUUCCACAACUCGCAAAGCUCGGGAAUUCUGGACCCAAUACUUGGAAGACGCUUCAUCGUCGGUGGUUGAGACGAAGGCUUUGCUUCCAGCAGAAGAGACUACCGCUCAGCGGUUCGAGUCUGUGUCGACAAUUACCCUAUCAGAUAUCGACACAGCUUGCAAAAGGCUUUCCGUCAGUCUUCAGGUCUUUUGCCAGGCCUGUUGGUCUAUCACUCUAGCACGCCAGAUCAAGAGUACAGAUGUGACGUUCGGCACCGUCCUAUCUGGCAGGGAUUUUGACGGAGCUGAAAGCCUGGUGUUUCCAACAAUGAACACAGUUGCCCUACGUUGUAUCCUCCAUGGCUCAGCUCCUGAAUUCCUACGUUACAUGGAAGAAAACAUGAUUGACAUUCGAGACUUCCAGCAUUACCCCCUCAGCAAGGCUCAAUCGGCCGUAAAGAUUGGCGGACGGGAUUUAUUCAACACAUUGUUCAUACUUCAAAAAUCACCGGCUUCGCGCGACCCGAUGGACCAUCCUCUAUUAACCUCGGUUGAAGGGUCCUCGGCGACUGAAUAUCCUCUUUGCUUGGAAGCUGAACCCGUUUCUGACUCGUUAGUAUGGAGGCUCGCAAUCCAGCCCCAAUGCAACUGGGACGGGGGUGCUCAAAGCCUUUUCGAGACGCUAGACAGUGUUAUGAGCUUUCUUAUGAAGCCAAAUGCCCCCGAAAUCCUAUCAUUUGGUGAUCGUGGCGUAUCGAUCUGCGGUACCUCUCCAAUCGUCUUGGCUGAGAGCAUGGCUCUUGAGCACAAUUCGAUCAUAGAAUCGCCAACAGACGACAAGAUUGAGUGGAGUCAAGUCGAAGAAGGAAUUCGGGAUAUUCUUCAUCAAGUCUCAAAUGUUCCAAUCUCUUCUAUCAAGCGAUCUGACAAUCUGUAUCACCUUGGCCUUGACUCGAUCACCGCCAUCAAAGUAUCUUCUCUUCUGAGGAUAGUGGGCAUCGACCUCCGCCUACAAGAUCUUAUCCGAUCUUCGAGCAUCUCGGAAAUGGCCCAAAAGGCUGAACACAAGCCAACGACGCCCUUGCAAAUGCCAAAGACUGAUGCAGGAUGGAGUCCUCCCACUGACAUUGACAUAAACCAGCUACUUACUGAGAACGGCAUCCGAAACGAAGAAGCAGAAGUCCUGCCAGCGUUACCGAUGCAAGUUUACAUGUUGACUGCGUGGCAACGCUCCAACGGAUCCGUCUUCUUCCCAGAAUUCCCUUGCAGAAUCAAUACCUCAGCUGGUAUAGGAGGAAUUCAUGACGCUUGGAGCAAACUUGUGUCUGAAAUACCACUUCUACGAACAUGCUUCAUUGCCACAAAGUCUCUGGCCAUCCCCUUUAUACAGGUUAUUAUGAAGAACCUUGUAGUUCCACUAACAGGAGCGCAUGUGGGAGAGGAACCAAACUGCUGCACUCGGCCAUUGAUCGCGGGAAGUAUUCAGCAGGAGAACCAAGAUACAUGGAUCCUGCGUCUUAGACUACACCACGCUCUUUAUGAUGGAGUCAGUCUUCCAGCGUUGUUGCAACGAUUCUCUGAGCUACUGAACGGUUCUACCAAUACUGGCGAUGUCGGGCUUUCUCCUUGGAAGCAGUUUGCCAUGCGCCAUACUACGGAUGCAGCUCGUCUGGCGAGACAAGAGUUCUGGACAUCGUACCUUAAGGGCGCGUCUCCCAAUCCUAUCAUCACCAAGCCGGAAGUAGACGUCACAAUGCGGACCUCGCAUUUCGACAGUUCAGCGAUCUCAGAUAUCAGUCAAAUCCAGAUCCUUGCCACACAGUCUGGCAUUUCAUUCCAAUCUUUGUUUCUUUCAGCUUAUGCGAGAGCACUCGCUAACCACAACAAUGUCUCGGAAGUUGUGUUUGGCAUGUACCUUGCUAAUCGAGCCGCUGGCGAGAAUCUCCCACAAACCUACCCCACCUUGAAUCUAGUACCUCUGAGGGUUGACUCUCCCAACCGCCCUCUGGUUGUUGUUGCUGCAGACAUCCAAAGAGAUAUUCAUCAGAUCACGUCUGAAGGGCGAGCAGACGCUGGUCUUUGGGAGAUUGCACAAUGGACGGGUAUGCAAGUAACAUCUUUUGUGAACUUUCUAAGCCUCUCGAGUAACGCCGACUCGAUCAGCAACUCCAUCAAGGUACUGUCUGAACAAGACACAGAUGUCGCUGGCCACCAUUGCGCGCCUGAUCCUUUCGAGCUGUACCCCGUGGAAAGUAUUGUCAAAAACGAUAUUCCGAUGGCUAUCGAUGUCGAAGCCUCGAUUAAUGGCAAGAGUCUAAGCAUAGGAGUUUUUGGUUCCCAGCAACAGAUCUCUCAUGAUGAGGCUGUAACCUUGGUGGAUGGCAUUGCAAGAACAUUGAGCGAGAACUCGUAG